AUGGCGGCGGCGGCGGGCGGGUGGCGCGCAGCGAGCGGGCGGCGGCGGCGGAGGAGGGCGAAAGAGAAAGAGGAGGAUGGCAGUGCCGCGGUGCUGAGGCGGCUGCGGGACGCGCGGGACGAGCUGCUGAGCUCCGGCUUCUGGGCGGCGAGCGCCGGUGCGUGCAGGGCGGCGGCGAGAGGAGGAGGAGGGCGGGGGCUGACGGCUGUCCCCGUGUCCGGAGGAGCCGUGCGGGAGCCGUUGGGCUCGGGGCCGGCUUGGCGCUGCGUGUGCUACGGUCUGGGGCGGUUCGCUGCCUGCCCCGCCGCCCGGCUGCAGCUCGCCUUCCUGCUGCUGCUGCUCGAGAUGCUGGCGGUGCCACCCAGCAGCUGCUUCCUCUUCGACCCGGCCUUCUCAGAGCUGGAGCUGGCAGCGCUGGAGGCACUGGGGCUGCGUCUGCUCCCAGAGAAUGAGGAGGGCAAGCACAGCGUAAACGGAUCGCCGACGCUGUUCUACAUGGUGCACUGCGGCAAGGCACUGUACAACAACCUGCUCUGGAGGAACUGGUCUGUCCAUGCUCUGUCCAACAUGGUCAUCAUUGGCAACAGCUUUAAGGGAAUCGAGGAGAGGUUGUUAUCAAGAAUACUGGAGAGAGAUUACUCUUACAUUGCAAAGAUUUUAAAAGGGGUGGAGGAAGUUGCCCUCCCUGCUCACCCUCGGUACUCGGAUACCUUCAAUGACACCUCCAUCCACUGGUUCCCUGCUCACAAACUGGAGAGACUCUCUGCUGAAGUUUGGGAGUUCGUGGAGGAGCCGACUUACAAGGAGUGUGACGACUUGGAGAUCAUCAGGAAGGGGGAGGAAGGGAGCCAUCAUGGCCCUGUCCCAGUGCAGCUUUAACUGCUGUCUCUUCCCUCAGUCAUCCUGCACAGCUGAGGUGAUGCUCAAGCACUGACAGUGCCCUCGCCAUCUGCCCUAAGUGGCAGCACCUGAACGCUGAGCUUGAAGGGACGUUUUUGUAUCAUAGUGAUUUUUUAAUAAAAGUGAAAGCUCUGCUUUGA